AUGUCGUCCAACCUCCAGGUUUCCAAUCGCCCCGAGCCGCCGAAACCUCCGCCGCAAGCUCCAUCCGCUUAUUUCCCUCUGGGUUACAAGGACGCCGUGUAUCAAUGGUGGACUAGCGUCACGCCGCCGCUCGCCGAGCGCUCCGUCCUCUCCUUGAUGCCGUACGUCAAGGAAGCUGUCGACGGUCUCGCCGCAUCUGCCGCCUCGCCCGCGACCCGCAAGCCCGACCCGUUCGGCACCAGGACGUGGCGCCAGUCGCUGGUGCAGCUGUCCGGUCGGAACCGCGCCCUCAACGAGAUAUGCAUCCAGCGGCAUGGAGAGGACGUCGAGGAGACGCUCGUCAUGCUCCACGGUUACGGCGCCGGCCUGGGCUUCUUCUACAAGAACUUUGAGCCCAUCACGCGCCUGCCCGGUCUCAGGCUGUACGCCUUGGACAUGCUCGGCAUGGGAAACUCCUCGAGGCCUCCCUUCAAAAUCCACGCCCGGGACAAGCAGGACAAGGUCACCGAGGCCGAGGACUGGUUCGUCGACGCGCUCGAGGAAUGGCGCAAAGCAAGGAAAAUCGAGCGCUUCACGCUGCUGGGCCACUCCCUCGGCGGCUACCUGGCCGUUUCGUACGCCCUCAAGUAUCCCGGCCACCUCAACAAGCUCCUUCUCGCUUCCCCCGUCGGCAUUCCCGAAAACCCGUACGCCGUCAACGCAUCCCUGCCGGAGCCCCCGGAAUCCACGUUUGAAAACGAAGUCCUGCAGGACCAGGCCACUGCCACUGCCACUGCCAGCCGUCGCGCACAUGCUUCGGCCAGCAACCCCAACCACGUGGCCGCCCAGGGCCAGCCGAACGCUCCCCAGCGGCCGCUGCCCAGCUGGCUCGUCUGGCUGUGGGACGCAAACGUCUCGCCCUUCAGCAUCGUCCGCAUGGCCGGACCCCUUGGGCCUCGAUUCGUCUCGGGCUGGAGCUCCCGGCGCUUCAGCCACCUGCCCGCCGACGAGGCCAAGGCCUUGCACGACUACUCCUUCUCCAUCUUCAAGCAAAAGGGCAGCGGGGAGUACGCGCUGGCGUACAUCCUCGCCCCUGGCGCCUACGCCCGCCGCCCCGUCAUCAACCGCAUCCACCAGGUGGGCCGCCAGCCCAUCCGCCAGCCCGACGGCGCCGAAGCCGCCGUCCGCGAGACGGGCAUCCCCGUCGUCUUCAUGUACGGCGAGAACGACUGGAUGGAUGUUGCGGGCGGCCUCGCCGCUGAGCAGAAGCUCAACGAGGCGCGCGCCAAAGCCCUUCUCCACGGCACCCCCCAGGAGCAACGCGACGAGAAGGGCAGCGUGCGUGUCCUCGUCGUUCCCGGGGCCGGUCACCACUUAUAUCUCGACAACCCGGAUCAUUUCAACGAAAUUGUUCGCAAGGAACUGGAGGAAACCAUGGCCGAGGGAAGGCAACAGCGACUGACCACGUAG